GAAUUUGGCGUAACACUGAUUCUAGUGGUCACGUGGAGGCAGUUAGCCAAUGGAGGCGCUUCUUGCGCAGGCGCGCAACUUGAUUCAGGAAGUACACAUUUUGUUUUCGCUCCGGGUACGCGCUGACAGGAAAACGGACCAGAAAUCCCUAAAAAACACAAGAAACUUGGUUAAAAGGGACAAAUUCAGGUGAAAAUGUCCGAGUCUACUCCCCUGUCAUCGCUGGGGAAAGGUGACGGUUUACACCAACAAGUUCUCGCCUCCUUCCCUCUGUGUGACAUGGCCGAGGAGGACCUGACCCGGAACCCCCUGUUCUGUAAGCUCCUCGCCACCCUGGCUCAACAUGUGGACCAGACUGGGCUCACCGUGUCGCUGAGGUCAGAGCUGGACAAGGCCGAGCAGAAGCUGCAGAGCCAGAGGCGUCACUGGCUGCGCUCGGAGAGCCUCCACAGAGGGCUGCAGGAGAUGAUCCAGGACUGCUCUGUCAGGAAGCACCACACCACCGUCCCCCCUGACCAGACCAUGUUCCAUGAGACGAUGGAGAAAUGUCUGCUGGUUGCUCAGUGUGUCAGACAGCUGGAUCCCAGUACCACCACCAACCAGGACCAGCCCUCCAUUCUGGGCCUGAACACCCAACAGGUGAUGGAGCUCAUGCCACCAGAAAAGAAUGUACAAAGAAUGAAACAGAGUCUACCGAGAGAGCUGGAGAAACAUCUCAAGAAAAAGUGUCUGAACCUCCUCUCUUACUACCAACCUGAAUGGGAGAGCGAGAGUGAGGGUCUGAAGAACAGCAAGUUGUCUCACCUGUCAGUCCAGCUGGACAAGGAGCAGAAAAGAGCGAAGAGUCUGAAGGAGACGUGUAGGGAAAACACGGUUCUCCUGCAGAGACAGACUCAACUCUACCUCUCUGAGCUGACCAAGUGUAUUCAGCUUCUCCAGUCUCUCAUCCUGGACCACAGGCUGAAGACCCAGACAGACUUGGACAGAAAGAAGUUGGAAUACUUUGAAGGCAAAUGUGAAUUAGUCUUACAGAAGAUAAAGGCCGAGAUGGUAGAAAUCCAGCUGGACACGUACACAGCCGACGCAAUAUCUGCUCAUAGAAAGAUAAGAGAAAAGUUGGAAUCCGAGCUGAAGGCCUGUCGGGUGGAGAAGCAGUCUGUGGAGAUGAAACUCGCCUCUUUUGAGAUCUUGGGCAAGGAGUUUGAGGCCCUGGCUGAGGAGUACUGCAGAUUACUGCAGGAGAUCGAAGCGAAAAACUGGGCUCUGAAGGAGUUCGCCCAGUACAACGAGAAGUGAAGAUCGCGUCUGACACUGGGACAACAGCCAGAGCUUUCCCUUUUCACGGUGGUACAACGCUCACAGUGACAUGCUGGCUUUUGGACACUUGACACAUCAACCGUGUAGCAUGUUGUUCAAAUAAAGUCAACGCUGAGGAUGUCAUCCAAGCUCCCAGAAGAAACCUACAUGAACCUUUGCCAUUAGAGAUGACAUAAUGUUUUAAGUUGUUGCUAAAAAAAUGACAGUCAUAGAAACGAUCUCUCUGUUAACUGUUGUUUACUUUGUCUUAAUAAAUUAAGUUUCCUAAAA